GGCGGUGAAGAAGAAGGUGGCGGCCCAGCUCAGCGUGGAGCUGGGCCUCGGCAGCUGCCUCCUGAGCUGUUUGGUGCACCAGCGGAAGAAGCUGCUGCAGAAUCUCCACUGUGACAAAGACUUCAACCACAUCUUCCUCGUUCCGGAGCCUGCGGAAGACAACCCGCUGGGGGCCUGCAACAACGACAUGGGGGAGACGCUGGAGGUGGACUUUAUGGAGGUGUUCGCAGCGGAAGAGAACUUUGUGGACGUGACCAUGGGCUUCUACGGGGUCGCCGAGCGGCUUGAGCUCAACGGGGUGCCGGGGGUAGUGGCACCACCACCCAAGCGCUUGGAGAUGGUGGAUCCCUCCUUCUGGAAUCUUGGCACUCCGGAGGAGUAUAUCUGCCGGACCAUUUGCUUUCCUGCUGGAUCGCAAACGUCCGGGAAGUUCUACUAUGAGGUGGAGCUUCUCCUCACCUGCGACUCGCAGGAGCCGGAGUUGUGGGUGGGCUGGGCGUCCCAACAGUUUUUGGCGAGCAACACGCACGACCGCCUGCAGGGCUCCUUCAGGACGGACUUCUGCGAGUUCUUCGAACAUGGCGAGCCGACACAGAGUUUCGGCGACUUGUCCCUCACCUACGAGGCGGGUGACACCAUCUGCGUGGCCUUGGACCUGGACGAGAAGACGGCCUGCGUCGCGGUGAAGAAUCUGACGGAGGAGCAGGCGCCCGUGUCGUUUCCGUUGGACACUGGCGGCGUGCCGGUCUUCCCGGCAGUUUGGGCCGAUGGCAGUGUGAGACUCGUGCUGCGUGCCAGCGAGUGGCGCUUCAAGGAGGUCACCGGCGACUUUCGCCCCUUCCUGGAGGAGGACACGGAGCUGAGCUCGGAUCAGAAGCAGCUGGUGCAUUUCCAGCACGUGCCGGUGACCUCUUCCUGCUGCAACCCGCUGAAGCUUGAGCUCACAGGCC